CACUUUUACCACUUUGAGUGAGAAAAGAAAGAAACCAUAUUCAAGUUUCUUUUGCUUAUGAGUCAACUAGUCACUCGUACACAACUCGCUCGACUCAUUUCUUUCAUUCAUCGCCCCAAACCUUCACACACAAGAACAAUUUCACUUCGCAAAACCGUUACGUUCCCUCAAUUCUCAACCAAAACCCCCGUCAACCUCCGCCGAACACACUCUCCGGCAAUGGACCCACAACCACCGGAAUCCCACACGCCUGCUGUUGAAGGAGAGGACUUCGUCCACAUCAAUGAUCUGAAAAUGGAAAACUUGUCUGAAAGCAUGGUUCGAAUUGAUCAGUCUUCAGACGCCGUUGAAGCAGCUUCGUCUGCUCCUGAAGCCCCGGUGGAUGCAGAUCGACUCCCGGUUUCUCUUCCGGAGGAGCUCUCGAGAAACGUGAUCGUGCUGUCGUGUGAAUCCUCCGCUGAGGGCGGCGUUUGUGAUGUCUACUUGGUCGGUACCGCUCAUGUCUCGGAGGAAUCAAGCAGAGAAGUUCAAGCUAUUGUCAAUUUACUGAAACCAGAGGCUGUCUUCCUUGAAUUGUGCUCGAGUCGUGUGUCAGUGCUUACCCUUCAAAAUCUUAAGAUACCUACUAUGGGAGAAAUGAUUCAAAUGUUAAAGAAAAAACAUAACAUGUUUGAAGUACUUUAUGGCUGGUUCCUCGCCAAGAUUGGCAGUAAGCUUGAGGUAUUUCCUGGCUCUGAGUUUCGUGUGGCAUAUGAAGAAGCAAUCAAGUAUGGUGGCAGAGUGAUACUUGGUGAUCGCCCUGUACAGAUUACAUUAAAGAGAACAUGGAGAAGGAUGCCACUUUGGUACAAGACAAAGUUGUUGUACUCUUUACUUUUCCAAGCAGUCUUUUUACCCAGCUCUGAUGAUCUUAAUAACAUGCUGAAGGAAAUGGAUGACAGUGACAUGCUAACUCUUGUAAUUCAAGAAAUGAGUAAGGAAUUUCCAACUUUAAUGGAGACCCUUGUCCAUGAACGAGAUCAGUACAUGUCCUCCACAUUAUUAAAGGUGGCAAGUGAGAGCAGAUCAGUUGUUGCUGUUGUUGGAAAGGGGCAUCUACAAGGAAUGAAGAAGAAUUGGAAGCAACCUGUCGUGAUGAAGGAUCUCCUAACAAUUCCAUCUCCCAAACCGGCUAUCUCUGCAUUGAGAAUCUUCACAUCUGCCGGUGUUGCUGUAGCUGGGGUGGCCAUAAUAUCCGGCAUCUAUCUUUCAUGCAAGAAAUGACUUCUCUAGGUAGAGACAUUGUCACAAUCAUGUCAUCUUCAGGAACGUUUGGUAUAUGAAUUGAAAUAUAUACAAGUUGAGUCCAGUUAUACCAUCAACAAAGUUGGUGCAUAAGCCAUUUAAUUCAUUUUGUUUUAAUUUUUGCAUAAGCACUGCCAUCCCUCUCCCCCUAAAGGCCUAAACCCUGACAAUUAUAACACCUGACAUGUUGCACUAUAAACCUGACAUAUUAAAAUAGGAUAGAGCAAAAUAUUUGGUUGUAUGAUAUAUUUUACUGCAGAUUGAAAAAGAAUUGAAUAUACGAAGUACGAAAAUUGGAAGUGGGAUCAAA